AUGAGCGGUGACGAUCGAGCCUCAGCCUACCGCUACGCCAGCGGGCGUCCUCCCGCAUACCCAGCCGACGGCUACGGUCGAUACGAACAGGGGCUCAAGAGCUCCAUCCCUUCCCGGUCCUACGACACAGCCUACUCAGAGGAGGCCUACGACCGCCGCUUGCCGGAUCGCGUCCACCCUGCCUACACGACCGGUCCGUCGUACGGCGGACCUGCUGCUCCUCUUCCACCAUCAGACUAUCGCCGUCCAAUGCAGCCAGCCUAUCGCUACGAAGACGAAUAUCAUCACCGACGCCCACCACCCCCACAACCGCAUCUCGAAUACCAGCAUGAGUAUCGCCGACAGCCUGCGCACAUAGAGUCCCACCGCGAGAUUGACGAAAGAAGGGCUUACGACCAGGUCAGGCCCGAUCCCUACGCGUCCCAGUCGCGCCACGCAUAUCCGGAUCCGUACCGCUCCGAAGCGGUGCACGACCUCGACAAGCGCCGACACGCACCUGUGCCAUACGACGGCUACAGCGUCCGAGACGAGCCUCGUCCGUCCGCUGUAGCCCCCCGUCACGUCGAGGAGCCUGUCUCCCGUCGAGACGAGUACGAUGCCUACUCGCGGGAAAUCCAGCCCUCCUAUCGUCGAGGCGCUCCCAAGUCCCCCCCACUAUCGCCGCAACCCGUCGUGAGUGCACAUAUGCAUGCGAGAGAGCCUCCCCUCCGCGACUACCACGAGGCGCCCGGCCAUUACGCCGAGCCAGUCCGCGAGCCGAUGCGGGAGCCUGAAAGCCCGCCCAGACCGUCCAUGUCCAUCUUCAACAUGCUCAACGAUCGCUCGGCCAACGGCCCCGCCGGGUCGGUCCAUUCAAGCCCGGCCAAGUCGGUGGCCGCUGUCGAGCACCCCAACUACGCACCAAGCUCGGUCGAGGCGAGCCAUGCCGCUGGCGCCGGUCUCGAUCCCGCUAGAGAUCACUUGUACCGACCACGCUCGCGCAGCCGUGAAGGUCGUGCUCGAAGGGUCGACUUCUCACCCGACCACGAGGAGCAGCAGCUGAUCUCACACUAUCGCAGGACCCAAGCAAGUCACUCGGAACACGCCGGAACGGUUGAGCCACUUCCAACUGCAGCCGAGGUCGUGUCUGCGGUCCGUGUCAAGGACGAAGAUGCUGUCUCUGCUCCGUUGCACACGCCCGUACCCGUCGAAGCACCCAGGGGCGAGGCAUUCGAUGACAGUGAGAUGCCCGCAGCGCAGGCUGCCAAGAUCGUUGCGGUGGACAGUCCAGGUCCAACUAACGGCAAGGUCGAGAUCACUUCCUCGGCAGCAAAAUCCGCUCCAGCCAAGACGCAGCUCAAGCUUCGCAACAAUCCCUUGCCAGCAUCCAAGAGCAACGCAAGCUUCGUCGCUCCUCCACCACCUGCAAAGAAGAACCGCGAUCCCGACGGUUGGGAGAGCGACCUCUCGAACGACGAGAACCAACCGCUCUGGCAGACCGAGCUCGACGACUACAUCUUUGACGUGAGCGAGCGCCAGCGCCUUAUCGAGGAUGCCUUUGCAGCGACGCUGCACGACAAGCACAUCGAGGUCGAACGUCGUCUCGCUCGUGCCUACGAGGGCCGUCAUUUUGCCAUGACCCGCCAGAUCCGCAUCCGAGAGCAGCAGGAAGCCUCGCAGAGGGACCUGGAACGCCGCCACAAUCACGUACGUCAGCAGCGUGAUCACGAGAUCGAUCUGGAGUUGCUCGGCACACUCAGCGACGGCCACGUUUCUGGCUUUAGAAAAAAGAAAGGCGGGCGUGGCGCGGACGGCGACGGGGACGAGCUGGCUCAGGGCGACGACGACGACGAUGACAGCGACGAUGUUGCGCUCGCCGACAUUGCCGCACGCGCCAAUGGAAAAGCCAACAUCAUCAAGCUCAAGCGCAGCAAGGGCAAGCUGGGAUCGGCGGAUCCUCGAAGCAAGAAGCGUCGUCUUGACGGCGGUGCAGGUCUGUCGCCUGCUCCAGGCUCGGAAGCCGAUUCGAUGUUCGCCGAUAUGGGUGGUCUGGACGGCGAAGACUCCGUGUUCGCCUCUCGUCAGGCUUCUCCCACACCAGACGAUGUCAGCUUUGCCCUUGACGUGGAUGCCGCCGGCAAAGUUCCCAUCGAUGCACGCCGUGCACAGCAACUCGAGGAUGCUCACCGACGCAUCUGGACUACCAUCGCCAGGCGCGAUGUGCCCAAGGUCUAUCGCACCGUGCUCCAGAGCGCUUCCAGCAAGACCAUGUACUGGCGCAGGCUCUCGAGCGUUGUCCAGCGAGAAGCCAAGCGAGGCGCUGCUCGAAACAACAAGACGGUCAAGGACGUCCAACUUCGUGCGCGCAAGGUCAUGCGCGAGGUGCUCGUUUUCUGGAAGAGGAACGAGAAGGAAGAGCGCGAGCUGCGCAAGAAGGCCGAAAGGGAAGCCGUCGAAAAGGCCAAGAAGGAGGAAGAGAUGCGCGAGGCCAAGCGUCAAGCGCGCAAGCUCAACUUCCUCAUCUCGCAGACCGAGCUAUACAGUCACUUCAUUGGCAGCAAGCUCAAGACGGCCGAAGCUGAAGAGUCCGAAGAGACUGCUGGAAGCAGCAAGAUUAUCGAUCCGAAUGCACAGCCGUCCGAUGCGACGGUGCCUCCCAUCGACCCACACGCCCAGGUUGCCGAUGCCGAAGCCAGGCUGGCCGAGCUCGACGAGAUCGACUUUGACGAUGAAGACGAGAGCAACCUUCGUGCACACGCUGCCCGUAACGCACAGGAGGCGGUGCGUCUUGCCAAGGAGAAGGCACAAGCCUUCGAUGUGGCAGCGGCAGAAGAGCGCAAGCGCAACGAAGCAGCGGCCCGAGAGAGGGACGGUCUGGACGCCGGUCCAGGCAAGCAGAUCGAAGAAAAGGACCUCGGCAAGGCGUUCGACUCGGACGACAUGAACUUCCUCAACCCAACCUCUAUGGGUCAGACUGAGAUCAAGCAGCCUAAGAUGCUCACCUGCCAACUCAAAGAGUAUCAACUCAAAGGUCUCAACUGGCUCGCCAAUCUGUACGAGCAAGGUAUCAACGGAAUCCUUGCCGACGAGAUGGGUCUCGGUAAGACGGUGCAGUCCAUCUCGCUCAUGGCCUACCUAGCUGAGGUACACGACAUCUGGGGUCCCUUCCUCGUCAUUGCGCCUGCUUCGACGCUUCACAACUGGCAGCAGGAGAUUAGCAAGUUUGUGCCCACUCUCAAGGCGCUGCCGUACUGGGGCAACGUCAAGGACCGCGCCGUGCUGCGAAAGUUCUGGAACCGCAAACAGAUCUCGUACAACCGCGAUGCACCGUUCCACGUGCUCGUCACCAGCUACCAGCUCGUUGUUUCAGACGAAAAGUACUUUCAGCGCGUCAAGUGGCAGUAUAUGAUCUUGGAUGAGGCGCAGGCGAUCAAGUCGUCGAGCAGUAUCCGAUGGAAGACGCUGCUGGGCUUCAACUGCCGAAAUCGUCUGUUGCUGACGGGUACGCCCGUGCAGAACUCGAUGCAGGAGCUGUGGGCGCUCCUGCACUUCAUCAUGCCUUCGCUCUUCGACUCGCACGACGAGUUCAGCGAGUGGUUCUCCAAGGACAUUGAAAGCCACGCCGAGCAGAAGGGCACGCUCAACGAGCACCAGCUGCGCCGUUUGCACAUGAUCCUCAAGCCGUUCAUGUUGCGUCGUAUCAAGAAGAACGUGCAGAACGAGCUGGGCGACAAGAUCGAGAUCGACGUCUUCUGCGACCUCAGCGCGCGUCAAAAGAUGCUGUACCGUGGUCUCCGCGCCAACAUCUCGGUGGCCGAGCUGAUGGACCGCGCUACUUCGAACGAUGAGGCCGGUCUCAAGAGUUUGAUGAACUUGGUCAUGCAGUUCCGCAAGGUCUGCAACCACCCAGAGCUGUUCGAGCGAGCCGACGUCCGAGCGCCGUUCGCGCUUGCCGACUUUGCUCGUUCGGGUUCAUUGGCACGCGAAGGCGAUCUGCUCAACCUGCCCGAUUCGACGACAUCGCUGAUCGAGUUGCAAGUGCCUAAGCUGCUGGUGAGAGAAGGCGGCAUCUUUGACAUUCCCGGCCACGAGAGCCGCAAAGGUUUCGACACGGGCUACCUGCAGAACCUGUUCAACAUCUGGCGUGCCCCGCACAUCCACGAGUCGCUGCAGCACGAGAGGUCGCCGUUUGCGGCCUUGCCGUUGAUCGGCGUGUCGGCUACCAAGGCCGAACAGGCAUUCCACAGCACAGGCAUCAAGAGCAUCCUGGCAGCAUCGGCUGAAGAACGCCGCUGGCGUUCCAUCGAGAGCUUUGCCAGCGACGACGACUUUGCUGCUGCCUCGAUCCGUCCGAUAGCCAAGGUGCUGCAACCGAUACCUACGACGUCCGGCCGUGCACCCUCGCUGCUGAUGCCUCUGGAGCAGGUGGCGGCCGACUAUCGCCGCCAUUCGUAUCUGGCCAAGGAUUCAGCGCGAGCUGUGGUGGCGCCGGCGGUGGCGCCGCCCAUCAAGCUGUAUAGCAACGACGGACCUUUCAUGCAGGGACAGGAACGUUUUACGCGCGAUCCACAAAUCUCUGCUACGCUGUUCGGACUGUCGCCCGAGGGACGAGAAUCGGUCAAGCGCGUCGAGGAGCUUCAGCGCGAGUUGCCCGACGUGCCUCCCCAGGGUAUCGUGCGCGACUCGUCGAUCGAUCAGCUGCCGUACAACGGCAUGCAAGUGCCGCAGAUGAACAAGCUGAUUGUCGAUUCGAGUAAGCUGGCCAAGCUGGAUGUGCUGCUGAGGCAGCUCAAGGCCAACGGACACCGCGUGCUCAUCUACUUCCAGAUGACGAGGAUGAUCGAUCUGAUGGAGGAAUACUUGAUCUACAGGCAGUACAAGUACCUGCGACUCGACGGAGCGUCCAAGAUCUCGGACCGACGCGACAUGGUGACCGACUGGCAGACCAAGCCGGAGCUGUUCAUCUUUUUGCUCUCGACGAGGGCGGGUGGUCUGGGUAUCAAUCUGACGGCAGCGGACACGGUGAUCUUUUACGAUCACGAUUGGAAUCCAUCCAACGACUCGCAAGCGAUGGACCGAGCGCAUCGUCUGGGCCAGACCAAGCAGGUGACGGUGUACCGCCUGAUCACCAAGGGUACAAUCGACGAGCGCAUUGUGCGGUUGGCGCGCAACAAGAAGGAGGUGCAAGACAUUGUGGUGGGCACCAAGGCGUACAGCGAGACGGGAAUGGCCAAGCCGCAGGAGAUUGUGUCGUUGCUGCUCGACGACGACGAGCUGGCUGAGUCGAUGCUGCGCAAGAAGCAGGCCGAAGAAGCGCAGACGGCGCAGGAGAAGGCGGAUCUGGCACGUGCCUCACACGCCAAGCGGCGAUUGAACAAGGACCGCGCUGCAGCUGCGGCGCAGUCACCAGCGCCGCCAACAGGAUCGGCUUGGUCGCUCGAGGACGAUGAAGACGACUUCUUCGGGGCUCGUCCGCCUAGCAAAGGGGAUACAGACACUGCCGAGACGACGCCGCAACCGCAGGUCAAGAAGCGCGGCGGCGGCGGUGUGUCGAGACGCGGACGGGUGAGCGAGGCGGCUUCUGAGCGCCUGACACCUCUCGACUUGGACGGGGAUGUCUCGACGGAGGCGACUCCUUCGCCUUCCAAGGCUGCAGCAUCUAAGAGAAAGUCCAAGAGUCAUCGCAAGAAGACGGUCGAUGAGCUUGCCGGUGUUGGAUUCGAUUAA